GUCGUACAAGAAAAGAGGAGGGAAAGUUAGGCCGGUCAAUGUCAAUGCCAUCAUCGACAGCGACGACCGAUCAACUGAGUUGGGUUUUGCCAAGCACGUUGCAAGAAUCAAAGCGCAAAUGAUCUUAGACAUGCUUCACAAUGAUGAACCGGGUGAUCGACACGUGCAUAUCAGGAUUCCAGGAACUUCCAGAGUCAAAGACAUUGUCCAUUACGACAGUGAUGACGAGAUCAUGGAAUGGAACCUGAAUGCAGCAGAUAGUGGCAAAUCCUUGAAGAAUGAUGCGGAAAUAUGCAUGGUUCAGCCUACGUGGAUAAGAUCGAAGAUGAUAUUCCUCAUGGUUACAGGAUGUGGUCACGAUAUGACAAAGAGGCAAGUGCAAUCAAGACGGUGUUCGACCAUCGAUCAUCAACCUCUACAUCUUCAUCUCAUGAGACAGCGGUUGUGGCCGAAGCAGUGCCGGGUGAAGAGGAACGAGAAGGGGAAGGUGGCUUCAUCGAAGCAUCUGACCCUGAACCCGUCCCUGACGAAGUUCCUGCUGAAGAAGUUCCCGAGGCACAAGCAGGAAGACCUCCUGAUCCACCUGAACGUGUACGAGAAGAUGACGAUGAGCGAGUGA